AUGGACGGCCGUCUGGCAAGGGUGGACGGUCGUCUACCCCCAACGGAAACCACUGGACGGCCGUCUGGCAAGGGUGGACGGUCGUCUGCCCCCAACGGCCCCUUCUGGACGGCGAUCUGCCUUAAACGGACGGGCAUCUACUCUUUUUUUCUCCAUCCUUCAAGUCUUGCAGAAUCGACUGAACCGAACCUAGUUCCAACCCAGUCGCCUCCGGAAACACCACCUUAUGUUGCCCGCAGUCGAUAA